AUGCGUAUUGGCAUAAUUAGUUAUGCUGUUACUUUUAACUUUAUUAUAACAAGUGCAUUUCGUCAAGACUCUUGCGAAAAAUGUGUACAAUCCGAAAAUUGUCCACAAUUUUUAAAUAUGGAUAGAGAGCAACAACAAAGGUGGCUGAGUCAAUUUUCUUGCCAACAGGAAGACAGUUCUUUUUAUGGAUUUACUCCAGGAGCUAGAGGAAAUUAUGUUUGUUGCCCAGGGACCAACGUGUGGAGUAUAGUCAAUGACGAGCCAGAAAGAGGAAUUAAACUUCCAUUCGACCAAUUCGGUGUUAACCGACCUACCCAGCGAAUACCGAAUGCGAAUAUUUUUCCCCCAUAUGGAGGGCAAAAUUUUAACCCUAUUGAAACACCAAAAUAUGGUUACACGCAAAGACCGGGGGGGCGAAGGAUAGAUUUUGAUGGAGGCAGCCCUGAUUUAGGCAGCCAGUAUCCAAAUUAUCUGCAGCCUAGCCAACCAGGAUACAAUGAUCAAAAUCUUAACAAAGGCUUCUAUCCAGGAACUAAUAAACCGCAAUAUUUUGUUCCUAAGGGGCAACUGCCGAACAAUCAAUAUCCACCUUGUUCCAACACUCAGUUUGGUAACUUGGGACAGAAUCCUAAUUGUAAUUAUUACCAACCAGGGUUUAAUGGAAAAAACAAUAUGAAUAACAUGUUCCCAACACAGCCAACACCCCCUCCAUACCAGCCCACUCAAGUAUAUCCUGGAUUUAACACUCUUCCAACGCGUCCUCCUCAAAACAUGUUUCCACCAAAUUUUCCUGGCGGUAACGGGGGCAUGAACUUUGGCAACCAGUGCCAGGUGCCAAAUUCAUUGCCACCCGAUCCCGAAACUGGAUGCUGCGGCCUUGAUAUGUCUGGUACAGAAGGGAUGACAGAUUUAAAAAAUAUCGUCACUCAAAGACUCAGAAAUCCAAUGUUCCUGCAAAAUAAUAUAAGAUUAAAACGAGAAACUGAGAAUGGAACGGUCGAAAUAGAAUUAGACAAUCGUAUCGCGGGUGGCUCUGAAACUGAACUCAAUCAGUUCCCAUGGACCGUGCUUCUAAAAAUAACAUUCGACUACGGAAAGAACAAAACCACGUUCAACUGCGGUGGUAGUAUUUUAAGUUCGCGGUACAUUCUCACCGCUGCCCACUGUAUACACGAGAAAGACGCACGGCUGAGCGAGAUUGAAAUUUUUUUGGCGGAGUAUGAUAAACGCACAUUCCCAAGGGAUUGCAAGCUCAACUUUGGCGGCGAGAGGACCUGUAUAGACAACGUCAUGAUGUUUGCCGAGAAUAUAAUUCGGCAUCCUGAAUACGAUGAUAAGAAACUCUUUGCAGAUAUAGCAUUAAUACGCCUCCACGGAAAUGCACCUUACACGGAGUUCAUUCGACCAAUAUGCUUACCGCCAGUCAAUGUGGACAACCAAGCGUUCUACGGCUUGCCUCUACCUGUUGCUGGCUGGGGCCGAAACGGGCCUUACAUGUCGGAUAUCAAGCAAUCGACAGUAGUUAACCUCGUGCCUCACGACGAGUGCCAGAGGUACUACCCAUACUUAUCGCCCUCUCAUUUGUGCGCUGCUGGAAAGACUGGCGAGGAUACUUGCAAAGGUGACUCGGGCGGUCCGCUGAUGAUGUUAUAUGGCGGGAAGUAUUACGUCAUAGGCAUUGUUAGUGGAAAGAGGGCGGAUGCCCCGUGUGGAACGGCGGUGCCUUCUUUAUAUACAAACGUGUUCCAGUAUUUACAAUGGAUAAGAAACAACAUCAAC